CAUAACCUUACAAUCAAAUUAAAAAAAUAUAUAAUAGUGUCCAGCUGUCAGACCCUAUUUGAACAUAUAUAAAUUAUAUACGAAUAUUAUUAACAUGAUGAAACAAAGACAAAAAAAUAAAUUUGUCGAUAUAACUUAUAGAAGACUUGAUAAAGAAAAAGGAAGUGGUAGUGAUAGUGGCGAUGAAACGGAGCUGUUUGUUAGAAACAAGCCACAAAAAAGAGAAAUACCCUCAAUGGAGAAAGAAGUCGAAGAUGGGGACACAUUACAAUCGUUGGCAAUUCGAUACCACUGUACCAUAGCUGACUUGAAAAGACUUAACAACAUCCAUAGGGAAAACGAAAUAUUUGCGAAAAGAACAGUUAAAGUACCACUCCGUCCAUUUACCAUGGCUCUAGCGGGAGUACACAUAAGUGGCACAACUUCUCCAAUUACAUCCAACGAACCAUCUACAAGUAAACUUAUAGAUAUUGAAUCCUUAAAUACUAGGUUAAGUGAAAAUCUGUUAAACGUCCCAAAUGGAUCAAAAAAUGAGGUCAAUGAAAUAAUUUUUAAUAGCCAUAUUACUCAAAAACCCUGUGAUAGAUUGAUUGAAGAGCUCGAUGAAGAAAACUGCGAAGAGGUUCACUUAUUGCCUGUACAAAAUAGGUCAUUACCUGAAGCAGAUGCGGUUGUUUCAAGAUUAAACUGCAGUGGUGUGGACGGAGACAUUUCAUGGAUAGCCCUUAUCGUCUGCAUCGUGAUAGUAGUUUUUGCUAUACCCUUGAUUUAUGUGUUUUACAUUGCUGAGCAUCCUGAAAAAUUCCAUCAUCAUAUAUCUUGAUACAGGUUUUCAGUUAUUUUUAGAGCUGUCAGAAAAUUGUGAAAUUUGGCUUCUUACAUGAAUCAUAUCAAAAUAGUUUGAUUAAUAUCCGUUCAGUAUUAUUACGCUCAGAAAAAUAUCAAAUGCAGCAUUUUAAUUCAGCUUAUGCGUAAAUGAUCCAGGUAUAUACCUAAAUUAUAAUAUAAAAAAGUUUAAUCUAUCUAAGAAAACAAUUCUUUAUGUUGCUUUCAGACAAAUUUCAUGUGGAAUUUGAACUACUUAAAUGAAGAAAUAAAUGGCACAUGUAAUGUGUAGUAUAAAGGUUUGAAGAGCAAAUCGUAGAGCAGUACAAUUGAGAAAAGUAAUUGUGUUGCAGUAAACAUUAAAGUUGUUCUGAAUACUUGUCAGUUUAUAUAAUUACUUAAUAUGGAGAGUAGUAAUAAAAUAAAAGUACCUUCUCAGAACUUAGGGAAUCAAGUUUUGUAUAGUAAACAUUAUCAACAUCAUGUAGGUAUUGAGAAAAUGUGAGAAAAUUUAAUUAUUAUUUAAUUCUAUUCAAACUCAGUUACAAAAUAUUCUACUUAAAAAAUUUAUGUAUAACUGAUUUUCUACCCUGACUUAUUGUUUGAAUUUGUAAUGAAAUUGUUGUGUUUCACAAGAAACAAUUUUAUUUUGUGACAUUGUUUUCCAUCUUUAUUAUUUUAUACCCUUUAUUUGAUGAUAAAUGCUAAACGGUUGUUUUGCCAUCGCAUGCCUUUUUAUAUUUCGUUGAAAACGCAUGUGACCAGUUUUUACAUUUUUCAUGUUAAUAAUGAGGUAUUUUAAAAUCAUAAUUUUCCUAAUGUUUUUCUAUAAAUAAUGUGUGGUUUUAAGAAUAAUAUAUAAACUGGAAAAGCAGUUUAACUUAUAUUUCCUGUUUACUUAGUAAUAUGAUGGUAAUAUAUUUUUAUAUACAGAAACUUUUGAGAAUAUUUAUGUGAUGUGAGUAGGGUUGCCAGAUCUCCGGGUUUGACCCGGAGUCUUCAGGUUUUGAUGGUACAUCUUCGGGCUCCGGGUUAACAUGU